AUGGCUCGUCAACUUGCCCCUCAGAGUCUCGAAGCGGUUAUUGAGAGCACGGAAGGGAUAUUGGCGUCAUUCUUUUACAUCCGCUUUCAACUGGAGGGUCGUCUUAGUCGGUCCGAUACUGAAGUCCAACACCUUAACGCCAAAAAAGCCAUCACCCUUACAUGGCCGUGGUUGACCAAAAGGUGCUGUCGGACUCAACAACAAGACAAAAAGAACAACCAACUGGAACAAAGAAGACAGUAUUGGCAUCGUUCUACAUCCUGCAGAAUUCGUAUGGAAUCUGAUGACUCUCGUCAGCAAACAAGUCUUAAACGAGCUUUGUAUCAGACGGCAAGCAAUGUAAACGAUUCAAUUGAUACUCCUAUGAAAGGAGUAUGGUCUUCCUUACUUCAUGACAAAAUUAAUUCUACGCCCCCAGAUGCCUUAUUAUGGUCAGGCUCAGGAAGGCCAACUCCCCCUUUUUCUAUUGGGGUGGACGACUCUGGCCCCGAGAAAGCUAGGCAACCGACUAACAUUGACUAUUAUGAUAAUUGCAAGGCCGUCUUGGAUGCAAAACAAAAUCAGACUAAUCUGAGCCAUACACAUAAAUUUGGUUCUUCCUUAGCCUGUGUUAGUCUAUCAAGCUCUUCUUCAUACUCCUCCAUACCUUCCUCUGCUCCAUUUGCUCAGAAGCUACCACGGUCUAUUGAAAUACAUCAAUGCUCAGACCAUGUAACCGAAGGCAGAGAGCUUAUUAAAUUGUCUGGUAGAAGACUAAGAUCUAAUAGUGAAGGUUCAAUAACUUAUUAUCGAGAGGUUCUACGUUCAGAGAAAUAUAACCAAUGUGACCGUCUACCUCAUGUUGCAGUUUCUAUGCCUCAGAUUGAUGCUAUGAAAAGACUUGGACAAAGUAGGAGGAGAGUGAAAGACGGGGACAACCGUAUAUGGAUAAGGAAUGCUAAAUGUCUUUCUAGUGAGCCUUGGGAAGAGGAGCUCAAUGAAUGUAUAAGUAGAAGCGGUUAUAAGAAGAGCAAUAAGGUUGAGGAGAAAAUUGAAUUGAACCAAACACAAAAUAAUGGACUGAGGGAUGAAGCACAUCGAAAAGUUAGUGCAAAUAAUCCAAUAGCAAAGAGGGAACAAGAAGAAAAUAGAAGUGCAAUUUGUGUCAAUGAGAGGAGCAAGAAGGAUGGAGAUAAGAAUAUUUUAGGGACUACGAAGGGGAGAAAUGAUGAAGGAGAAAAAGCGACGGAGGAAAAUUAUACAAAGGUUAAGGGAAGUGAGGAUCAUGAAGGGAAUAUGGGGCAGGCUAGGGAAGCGAGUGAAGAAGAUAAGGAGGAUGUGGAAAGCAAUGAAGCUAAGAAAUUGAUAUAUGAGAACGGGGAACUGCUGGAGGAAGAAAAA